AGAAGAAGGCUUCUCAUCACACCAAAAUCAUAUCUUCUCCUAUAAACCCUUCUUCUACUCAUCUUUCUCUUUGCUUUUCGACUGCAAGUAUGGUGGCUACUUGGGCGCUUCCAAAGGCUAUUGCGAUCAAGUCACUGGAUUUCAAAGACAUAGGCCAUAUUUACCGCCUUGACGAAAACGGUGGGGUAGCUCUCGGAGAAGAGAGCGUUUACAGCACAAGGGCUCGGAUCGAAGUCGAGCAAGCAAAGAUCGACAGCAAGUACGUUAACCUCCGAUUCUCGUACACCAACCGGUACAUGCACCGGAGACCGGACGGGAUAUGGGUCGCUGCCGUCUCCACCACCCCCGUGGAAGACUUAUCCGACCCUUUGUGCACAUUAUUCGAGCCCAUAAAAGUCGACGACAACGACGACGACGAUGUGUUCUACUUGAUUCACGCUCAGAGCGGAGGCCGCCUCGUGACUUCUCUUACCGCAAGACUUUCCUUCUACAUCGAAUUCAACUUAAGCAGCACCACUCAAGGCUAUCUCCGCGCCGUCGAUUUCGACUCAUUAGUCCGCCUUCCCGUUCGCGGCAACCUCGCCUUCAUCGGAGAUAACGGGAAAUACCUCAAGGCCUUCACUUGGGGCAACAACUACUUCCAGCUCUCUUCCGACGUCCCGAACGACAGCCUUUCACGCCACCAGGUGACGGAGGUGCCCGACGGCCAUGUCCGCCUGACAUCCAUCCACUGGAGCGUGCUGUGGAGUCUGGCCAACUCCGGCUGGAUAUUCGGCAACACCACGGAUGCAACCAACCCCAACACUCUCUUCUGGCCUGUCAAAAUCAACGAAAACACCAUCGCCCUUCGUGCAGCGGAUGGCAAAUUCUGCCAGCGUCGCGUCACCAGCAACCUCGCUAAUGGAAGCAUUGGCACCGAGGAGACCACUCCCACCAAAGAAGCCGAGUUGAAGGUGGAGGAAUUGGUGACGAAGAGUUUGGUGAAUAACGUCAGAUACCAGGACGAGUACGGGCGCGUAUUUGACGAGACAGCUCACAAGGGAUGGUCGUCCAUGGUGGUCAACAGCCAGGCCGAGGAUGUAACCUUUUCGCUCUCGUUCACGUAUGAGGACACGAAGGAAUACACCUUCGCUCAUAGCUAUACGCUGGAAACGGGGGUGCCCACAGUCUUUGACGCGGCGCUUCCCUUCGUUGGCCCAGACGGCUCCAUCGAUGAGGCGGCUGCUAAGAUAAAUGCGGAGCUGCAGUGGAACGCUGUGAACUCAAUGACCAGGACGGUUACGGGUAUGGGUUCGAUUGUGGUGCCGGCGAAGAGCAGUGUUGUGAUUAGCUAUGUCGGAAAAAGAGGUAGCUGCAAUGUUCCGUUCAAGUAUACUCAGGUGGACAGUGUCUACAACGCCCCAAUUGGAUCAACACCUGUUGAAGUUGAGUCUGAAGGUAUUGAUGGUCUUUACACUGCCACCAAUUUAUAUGAUUUCAAAUUGGUGAUCGAGUCAAUUCAAGCUAUCUGAGAACACAAAGCCUGAGGGUUUUUUUCAUCAACUUCUUCUAAGUUGGUUUUUUCCCUCACUAUAUAUAUAUAUAUAUAU